UCCUCCUCCUCCACCUCCUUCUCCUCGACAGCCGGUCCCUCCACGCAGACACAAUGGCUUUAAAACGGAUUUCCAAGGAACUCACCGAUCUGUCCAGAGAUCCUCCGGCUCAGUGCUCCGCCGGGCCGGUCGGUGAAGACAUGUUUCAUUGGCAAGCUACUAUUAUGGGGCCUCCUGACAGUCCCUAUCAGGGCGGAGUAUUUUUCCUGACUAUCCAUUUUCCAACAGAUUAUCCUUUCAAACCACCCAAGGUCGCCUUCACAACAAGAAUUUAUCACCCAAAUAUUAACAGUAACGGCAGCAUCUGCUUGGAUAUAUUGAGGUCACAGUGGUCUCCAGCAUUAACUAUCUCUAAAGUCCUUUUGUCCAUUUGUUCUCUGUUAUGUGACCCGAACCCCGACGACCCGCUAGUGCCAGAGAUCGCCCGCAUCUACAAAACAGACCCUGUAAGGUACAACAAGACAGCUCAGGACUGGACUCAGAAAUACGCCAUGUGAUCCACAUCCUCGCCCACUGCUGGAACAAACUGUUUGAUUUCUCAUGUGCCCCCCCCCCCCCACCUCCCCCCUCCCCUCCUCAUCAGCCAAUCACAGCAAUUUGUUCACGUUUGUUUUCGUCCCCUUCCUCAACUUUAAAACGCUUUUAACCUGUUGAUUUGCCCUUUUCUCUGCUUCCUGAGAGGAAAUGAACCGAGUGAAGACGGGCGGCGGACUCUGAGCUGUGAACGUGCCAACUGAAGAGACAGAGCUGCCAGAGAAUAUGAAUAAAAUAAUAAUUUAAUGCAUGUCAGUGAUUGGUUCAUGUGCUGCUGAGACUUUUAAAAAAAGAAAGGCGACAGCUUUUUGGUUUUAUUCUGUUAUUUUUUUUUGAGGUUUUGUUUUUAGACGAGAGCCGUUAGUUCAUCCAUCAUCCUCAACACUGUUCUCCUCUUUUUGCACUGAAGAUGAAACUCAAAGCUCUCAAAGGCUGAUCGAUCAACUAAUAGCUCUGAGAUGUUUUUGUUUAUCAAUAAAGUUGAACAAAUUGCA